AAAAAGUGCUGGAAAAUAUAGUAGGGUCUCAGAAAAAUAAAGGAGGGCGGAGAACGUGAAAGGAGGGCGGCAAAAUGUAAUAGCAGGGCGGGCCGCCCCGCUUAAAUGGAGCAGCAAGAACACUGUGUAGUGUUGCGUGAGAGCGUGAUCUGUUUACAUAAGUGUGAGACUCACGCCAAAUGCGUGACAGUUGACAGUUUCCUCAACUGGCUCGGCCUUAAAUUCUUCCGUCAUAACUAGCAGCACCACAUUCGUUUUUACUUUCACAAUGCCUGCUGUUAAACAAGAGGAUAUGGAGGCAAAGUGCUUUCAGUUAAAUCGUGUGGCUAUUGUGUCAAACAUUUCUGAUGAGAACAGUUUGAAUUUCAUUAUUGAUCAUUUAUUGAGCCAACAGAUUGUAACAAAUGCCAUGAUGGAAAUAGUGAAGGUCAAAGGAACCCGGUCGGAUAAGAUACGGGCACUUCUUGACAUCCUGGUGAGGCGACAAAAGGGAACGUUUUCUGUUUUCUGUCAGGCCUUGGUUCUGACGGGCCACCAGGAUCUCUGUGAGAAAUUGGAGAACACCAUGAAGUCUCUAGACCCUUCCUACACUUUCCUGCAGAUUGACGCCAAUUCUGAGUCUACCCAUGGGCCCAACACGGGCCAUGUGACUACAGAACAACAAACAGUGCCUGCUGUUAAACGAGGAUAUGGAGGCAAAGUGCUUUCAGUUAAAUCGUGUGGCUAUUGUCUCAAAGAUUGCUGAUGAUUAUUGAUCAUUUAUUGAGCCACCAGAUUGUAACAAAUGCCAUGGUGGAAAUAGUGAAGGUCAAAGGAACCCUGUUGGAUAAGAUACGGGCACUUCUUGACAUCCUGGCGAGGCGACAAAAGGGAACGUUUUCUGUUUUCUGUCAGGCUUUGGUUCUGGUGGGCCACCAGGAUCUCUGUCAGAAAUUGGUGAACACCAUGAAGUCUCUAGACCCUUCCUACAUUUUCCUGCAGAUUGACAGCAAGUCUGAGUCUACCUCCGGGCCCAACACGGGCCAUGUGACUACAGAACAACAAACAGUGCCUGCUGUUAAACAAGAGGAUAUGGAGGCAGAGUGCUUUCAGUUAAAUCGUGUGACUAUUGUCUCAAAGAUUGCUGAUGAGAACAGUUUGAAUUUGAUUAUUGAUCAUUUAUUGACCCAACAGAUUGUAACAAAUACCAUGAUGCAAUCAGUGAAUGUCAAAGGAACCCUAUCGGAUAAGAUACGGGCACUUCUUGACAUCCUGGAGAGGCGACAAAAGGGAACGUUAUCUGUGUUCUGUCAGGCCUUGGUUCGGACGGGCCACCAGGAGCUCUGUCAGGAAUUGGAGAAAACCACAAAGUCUCUAGACCCUUCCUACACUUUCCUGCAGAUUGACAGCAAGUCUGAGUCUACCUCCGGGCCCAACACGGGCCAUGUGACUACAGAACAACAAACAGGUGAGAGGUUGUAAAGGAUUUCAUCUGAAUAUGACGGAUCCCACCCCUUUAAUGGGAGGGAUU